AUGUCCGACCUACAACUUCAAAUCUUGCAUAAAUUGGAUGCAUUAGGGGAAAUAAAGUCGACUCUCGAAGUUUUCCCUGAAUUAGAUCCUCAAGUGAUCUUAUCAGCUCUAAACUCUCUGAAAGCUCACAGUAAACUAGAGUACACUAAAGAGGACAAAUUGUUUUACACCUUGACCAAAGAAGGUAGUGAAAUUAUCGAAAAUGGUUCUCACGAAGUCAAAUUACUUCAACUGAUCAACAAAUUUGGUAAACUACAAAUUAAAGAUGUCAUGACUCAUAUGGGUCCUGACGGUAAGAUGGGUCAGGCUAGAGCUUUCAAGAAUGGCUGGAUUGUCAAAAACAAGGACAACGAACUCUCAUUGAGUGAUAAGAUUAGCAGCGUUGACGAGGUAUCCGAUGAGACCAAGGAACUACUGCUCAAGAUCCAAAAGGACGACCUAGCUGGAAUUAGUGAUAAAGUCUUGAACGAAUUGAAAAAGAGAAAACUAAUAGCACCAAAGAAGCAAACAUCUUUCCAUGUUGUCAAGGGCUCAGAUUUUUCGACCGAAUUGACCAAACUUGAGACUGACUUAACAUCUGAGAUGGUUGCGUCUGGUUCUUACAAAGACCUCAAGUUCAAGCCCUACAACUUCAACUCUGAGGGUAUAUUACCACAGUCCGGUGCGCUACAUCCAUUGAACAAGGUUAGAGAAGAGUUCAGGCAAAUUUUCUUUUCGAUGGGAUUCACAGAAAUGCCAUCCAACCAAUACGUCGAAACUGGUUUCUGGAAUUUUGACGCACUAUAUGUGCCACAACAGCAUCCUGCUCGUGAUUUGCAAGAUACUUUCUACUUGAAAGAUCCGGUCAAGAGUGAUCUUCCUGAGGACAAAACCUACAUAGCAAACAUUAAGGCGGUCCACGAAAAUGGUAAAUAUGAAUCCAUUGGUUACCGCUACAAUUGGGUGCCAGAAGAAUCCCAAAAAUUAGUUUUGAGAACUCACACAACAGCCAUUUCUGCUGCUAUGCUAAAAGAUUUGGCGAAGGACCCAAAACCCACGAGAUUAUUUUCCAUCGAUAGAGUUUUCAGAAAUGAGGCUGUUGAUGCUACGCAUUUGGCCGAGUUUCACCAGGUUGAAGGUGUUUUGGCUGACUACGACAUUACCCUUGGUGACUUGAUUCAAUUCAUGGAGGAGUUUUUCGCAAAGAUGGGUGUCACAGGUCUGAGAUUCAAGUCAACUUACAACCCAUAUACUGAACCUUCCCUAGAAAUCUACUCUUGGCACGAAGGUUUAGGUAAGUGGGUUGAGAUUGGUAACUCUGGUAUGUUCAGACCAGAGAUGACAGAAUCAAUGGGCUUGCCAAAGAACUUGAGAGUUCUCGGUUGGGGUUUGUCGCUGGAGAGACCAACAAUGAUUAAAUACGGCGUGCAAAACAUUAGAGAAUUGUUAGGUCACAAAGUGUCUCUAGACUUCAUCGAGAAUAAUCCUGCAGCUAGAUUGGACGAAGAUUUGUAUGAAUGA